AUGGCGUUCUCUUCGACUAAAUCCAGUGAGCCGGAACUAAACACUGCAAGGCCACGUUCUAGCGACAAGCACGAUGAUCUUGCUCUGGCAAGAUUGGGGAAGAAAGCUGUACUGAAGCGUCGCUUCGGCUUCCUGUCUAUCCUCGGUUUCAGCUGCACCGUCUUGAUCACCUGGGAAGGAUCUCUUGUGUUGUUCCUGGUCGGCUUCCAGAAUGGCGGCCCCGCUGGUGUGAUCUAUGGCUACCUCAUCGUAUGGCUCGGCACCGUAUCUGUGUUCAUGGUGCUCAGCGAGCUUGUUUCAAUGGCGCCUACAUCUGGUGGUCAAUACCACUGGGUUUCCAUGCUUGCACCAAAAAGCUCUCAGAAACUGUUGAGUUACAUCUCAGGAUGGCUCACUCUCUGUGGCUGGCUAGCAUCACUCGGGUCCGGCGCUUUCCUCACCGGUGGCCUCAUUCAAGGCCUUCUCAUGCUCUGCCAACCCGAUACGUACGUCCCUCAGAACUGGCACGUCACUCUCCUCUACUGGGCGAUCAUCGCCUUUUGCGUCUUUAUCAACAUUGCUGCUGGAUGGCUACUACCCAAGUUCGAAGGAGCGCUAUUGGUCUUGCAUAUCCUUGGUUUCUUCGCCAUCUUGAUUCCCUUGCUGGUUCUUGGGCCACAGGGUAAUGCGAAAGAGACUUUUACCACGUUCGUAAAUAUGGGACAUUGGCAGACUCAGGGAUUGAGCUUUUGUAUUGGCAUUAUGGGGAGUGUCUUUGCGUUUGUUGGCGGUGAUGGGCCGAUUCAUCUAUCCGAGGAGAUUCAAAACGCACAGAUCGUCGUACCUCGCUCCAUCAUGACUGGCAUCGCAAUCAACGGCUCUCUUGGCUUCGUCAUGAUGGUCACCGUGCUCUUACGGAUGGGCGAUCUCGACACUGUACUUCUAGAGAACCCUGCGUUCCCUUUCAUGGCUAUCUUUCAUCGAGCCGUUCAAUCACGCUCUGGUGCCGCUGUCAUGGCAUCCAUCGUCAUGGUGCUGACCAUCAGUGCGAACGUGGGCUUCUCCGCAUCGACAUCGAGAAUUUGCUGGGCUUUUGCUCGAGAUCGGGGUCUACCUGGAUGGAGAACCUUGAGCAAGGUCAGCGAUCGUACAUCCAUCCCCGUCUACGCCGUAGCCUUCACAAGCUUCAUCGCCUGCCUUCUCGCACUAGUAAACAUCGGAUCCACCACCGCCUUCAACGGCGUAAUCUCCGUCGCCAUCGCCGGUCUCUUCUCCUCCUACCUCCUCACUUCUUCCCUUCUCCUCUACCGCCGCUGCACAGGCGCCAUUCUCCCACCCAGCGAAUCCUUCGACACAGAUAGUCAAUCCACAACUAGCGACGGUAUGGUCCGCGCUGUAUGGGGCCCUUGGCGUCUGCCCGGCGCAAUAGGUAUCGCUAAUAAUGUCUUUGCCUGCGCCUAUCUUAGCUUUGUUUUCUUCUUCAGUUUCUGGCCUAGCUUUGCGGAGGUUACGCCUGCGAAUAUGAAUUGGGCAAUUUUGGUAACGGGUACGAUAGCGGUCAUCAGUGCGGUUUAUUAUGCGGUUUGGGCAAGGAAGACGUAUCAUGGGCCAGUUGUUGAGAUUGAUGAGCGCGAUUUGAGUGGGAGGGUUAGUGUGAUUGAGCAGCGUCUUGAGAUGGGUAGUAAGUAG